ACUGAAGGAUAGCGGCGCUUCGGACAAUCUCAACACUAAACCUUCAACUUUACAUCUAUCUGCCUUGGCACAACGGACCUUCAAGAGCUCGCUCUGCUUCUUGUUUGUUCUACGUUGUGUUUUCCUACGGAUCAUCGUAGAUCUUCGGAGACACAAAUAAGCCAUCAUGCAACUAGUAUGAGUAUUAUUAUUUUUGGCUUUUAGUAAGAUGAUGUGCUAGGGUGAAUAGAGCCGUUUUUAAGUCUCUCAUUCAACUUCUCUCUCUCGAAUCCAUAUCACGCGUGGCGUGCCCCUCCGCCCGGAGAUACCCAUCCAUCCUUAUAAAGACUGGACCACAGUGGCCCCCACCGUUAUCACAGGUUUGCUAACCUUGGGUUGGCGAUUAUCUAAGACUCUUGUUCAUUUUCGACUCUCUUUCUUUCAUUUACUUUCUUUUUGAAAAAGCCAACCCGCCGCGCCGCCGUCAUGGAGCCGGCGCACAGGGCUUUUGGCGACGAUUCCCAGUGGAGUGGUGUCGAAGAUGCCAUCGAGGAUCCGGAAGAAAUCAGAGUUAUAUUCUGCGCGCUCGAUUCAUUCAGCCAAUAUGCAAAAACGGCUCAUCUAAAUUGCACCCAUUUGCGUAGACAGGCAUUCUACGCCCUCCCUCAAGCACACUGGCAGUUGCUUGCUCAACCGCCAUUUUCGUACUUGGAUGUGCUGAAUCGAAUAGAUGACGCCAUUGAAAGUAAUGCGGAACUGGCUCGCAUUAUUGUCAAGUUUGGCCUACGAUCGUUUGGUGUAGUCGAUGUGACUUCCGAGAAGGAACUUACUAUGCCUGAAGAAUGGUCCGGGAUUGCUAAGUACAACGACCUGGACAAAGCUAGAAGCACCAUUCGACAGUUCUAUCGUGAUUGGUCCGCUGAGGGCGCCGUUGAGCGCGAUGCUUGCUACGGCCCUAUAUACAGUGCGCUUGAUGCCGAGAGAGCCAAAUACCCAGACAAGCAAUCUGCAAAGGUGUUGGUACCUGGCGCUGGGCUAGGACGCUUGGUAUUUGACCUGUGUCGAAUGGGAUAUCACGCCGAAGGCAACGAGAUUUCUUAUCACCAACUCUUGGCUUCGUCGUACAUUCUCAAUUCUACUGAGACUGUUGGCCAGCACACCAUAUUCCCAUGGAUCCAUUCCUUCUCUAAUCACCAAAGCCGUGAAAAUCAGUUCAAGUCUUAUAAAAUCCCCGAUGUCCACCCGCAGUCUACGCUUGCCGAAACGCAAGGAAUUGGUUCGAUGCAAAUGUGCGCCGCGGACUUCCUCUGUCUAUAUGGAGACGAGAGCCACAAGGACACAUAUGAUGCAGUAGCCGCUGUAUUUUUCCUUGACACGGCACCAAACCUGAUCCGUUACCUUGAGGUUAUCCGGAGCUGCCUGAAGCCUGGUGGCAUUCUUAUUAAUGUUGGCCCACUUCUGUGGCACUGGGAGAACCAUGUCCCUGGCCAUCAUGGCUAUGAUGGCGACGGGGAUUAUGAUGAGAACAAUUCUCUAGGUAUUGCAGACCCAGGAAGUUUUGAACUCACGGAUGACGAAGUCGUCGCAUUGGUGGAGCGACUAGGCUUCACCGUGGAGAAGAGAGAAUCGGGCAUAUAUGCCCCUUAUGUGCAGGAUGCGCAGAGCAUGCUGCAGACGGUAUAUAAAGCUAGCCAUUGGAUUGCGCGCAAGCCUAUCUAAAUUAUUGAGUCUGAGGUUUGAGCUAGGAUAUAGGCUUCACCCACAGCAUUUCGAGAGCAUUGCAUCCUGGAGUCGUGGCUUGAUUUUGCGGAUACCAUUUGCAUGGGUACUAUGCGCAGGAAAUUCACGAUGCAACGUCCACUUUCUACACACCUACUCAUAUAGCAUUGUAG